CGAUCGGCCGGUUUUGUUUGUGCGUGUGUGUGUUUACGUGCGUGUGAGCUGCUGAUAACACGAUCAGGUUAAAAAGACAUUAAAAACAAUUUUUGUUGGCCCGUUUUUCGAUUGGAGAAGAUAUUCCUCUGUGUAAAUAACACGGCAUGGCUCAAAACUCAACGGGAAUUAAAGAAUUAAGCCAGAAACCAGUGAUCACUUGCAACAUGGUUAAGGACCCGCAGUCCAAUCUUGAUUUCAAGACGACAAUUGAUGGUACCAAUGAUGCAUCUACAUUGAAAUGGAAGUCACCAAGUCUAAUGAUCGUGUUUGAUGAUGGAGAUAUCAACUCAGCCAUGCAUCAUUUGCUGGGCUCGCUGCACAAUCCGUUCGAAGAGGGAUCUGUGGCCACAAUAGUAAUCCAAGAGAGUGUCUUAGAUCAGUUUGUGGGUCGUGUGGCGGAGCAUUUUAAGGAAUUGCCAUCAAAGGUUGCCAAACAUCCAAAUUAUAUACGAACAUUGGCCAAGAUCAAGGAACUGAAGGCCAAAGUAGUGACUGCCGCCGACAAGGAGAAAGUGCCGGCCAAUGUGUCGCCUGUUUUGGUGUAUGAUUUCAUACAAAACUAUUUGGGCGAUGGACCAACCGGUGUGAUAACACUCCAUACUUUCCGCACCCCCAAAGAGGUUGUCCAGAUCAUUGGCACUGAGACCCUGUCAUAUUCUACUGUCAGCGUUUGGAAUGAGAAAUUAGCCUGCUCCUUUGAGCUAGUUUCCCUCCUUAAGCCUGAGAUAUGCCUGAUCAACUGUUUCAAAGUAGAUCUGCAACCGAUUCAAGAAGCCUUCGAUAGCAAUCGCAAUGAUGUGUGCCUGGUCAAGAGCUACCACUAUGAAAGCAUCGUGCUGAAUUCAAAGCGUCGGAUUAUAGUCUUCCCCGUGGGCACUAUCUUUGCUAAUUAACAGAGAUUCUUGAACUGAAACUUAUGGAAUUUGAUACUGGAACAGGAACAGGAGAUGCAACUAAUUAAGGUGCUUUAACUAGCUAGAUUUUUGAUAUACAUAUGUACGUGUUUUUUGUUUUUUUUUAUACAAAACUCUGUUUUUCUUUUUAUACAUAUACAUUUUUUGAAUACAUGUUGCAUGUGAAAAGAA